AUGGCGACCGCUGCGUGGAGCUGCUCGCGCUGCACGUUCGAGAAUGAGCCGCGCGUGCGGCAAUGCGCCAUGUGCAUGGGCGCUCGGCCGGCCGCGACGCCUGUAAAGGCUCCCGCGUCGCCGUCGCCAUCGCUGCUCUUCGGCGUCGGCAGCUCGGCGGAGAAGGAGCGGCAGCGCGUGCAGAAGAAGCUGCAGCAGCUCAAGGAGCUCGGCAUCGAGCUGCCCGACGCCGACAUGAUGGCGCUGCUGCAGCGCAACUGCUUCAGCGUGCCCGGGGCCGCCUCCGAGUACUUCGAGCGCCUGGCCCAGCAGGAGUCGACCGGCGGCGGCGCCCAGCAGGACGAGGGGGCUAAGCGGAGACUGGAGCAGGCGCUGCAGAGACUGGAGCGCGUGGACGCGCAGGACCAGAGCUUCCAGGUGCUGGGCAAGACCACCAUGCAGGCCUCGGUGAACCGCCAGGGCGUGGCGCUGCAGGUCGGGGACGAGCUGCUGCUGCAGGCCGAGAACGCCGGCAAGAAGCGGCUGCGACCCGGACUCUCCGCCGGCGCCUCGGCGUCUGGGGGCAUCGUGAGGAUCGCCACUCUGCAGCACUCGCAGAUCGGGCGACUGGAGCGGAACCUCGAGAUGCUGCUGCACCCGCUCAUGAAGAGCGGGCUCGUGAAGCUCGGGGCCGUGUGCGAGACGCCCCCAGUGUCGUCGCACAUGUUCGCGUCGUUCGAUGUGACGGCGUUCGUGUACGUUAGCGUCAAGGCGUUCGACAUGUUCAAGGAAGGCGACGCGAACUUCCACCUCUCCGACCAUCUCUACAACCUGCUGCAGAUGAUCAACGGGGCUGAGGCGCCGUCGUUGGAUGCGCUGGCUUCCCGUCCCUCUGCAGAGGCUGAAGAUCCGUCGGCCAAGGUGAACCCGGAAGACCUUGACACCCUCUUUUCGGAGUGUGUUGGCGCAAACGACCUCCACAACUCAGCGGAUGGAUCGGACACGGACCCAUCAGAGCACCUCCUGCAGUAUCUGAAUGCUAUCGAGCUACGGGAUCAUCAAAAGCAGGCGCUGCGAUGGAUGCUGUGGCGCGAGAACCAGCUUAAAAGCGGCGUCAGCGAGCAAGAGAGUAACGACCCGAUGUGGGAGGAACGCCACUUCCGGUCCAAGAUCUCGUACUAUGUAAACCCCUUCGAGAAAAGCGCCUCGCUGACUCGACCGGACCCUCCAGUUCCCUGUUUAGGCGGAAUUCUAGCAGACGACAUGGGAAUGGGCAAAACGAUGAUGAUGCUUUCACUCAUCGCAUAUCAAAAGCACACGCUCGUCGUUUGCCCGCUGAGUUUGCUUCACCAGUGGAAAAACGAGGCACAAGAGCGCUUCCUCCCUAACACGCUGAGCGUUCACGUGUACUAUGGCGACGAUCGCGACAACGACACUGGGCUUAGUGCGGCAUCUUUCAGCAAGAGCGACCUGCUACUCACCACGUACGGAGUGCUAUCGGCAGAGUUCGAGAAGAACGGGGUCCUCACGACAGCGGAGUGGAACCGCGUCAUUCUUGAUGAGGCGCACAGCAUCAAGAACAGGUCUACAGGCUACUUCAAGACGUGCUCUGCGAUGAAAGCCACCCACCGCUGGUGUCUAACCGGCACUCCUAUCCAGAACACACUCGACGACAUGUUCUCUCUUCUCUGCUUUCUCCAGUACCAGCCCUGGUCUCGAGUGGCGUGGUGGAAGAGGGUGAUCACGAAGCCGUAUGAAGAUGGUGACGAUGUAAACGCGCUCGGUCGGCUGAAGGUGAUUCUAACCCCAAUUCUGCUUCGGCGCACCAAGCACUCGCGGGACAAGCAGGGCAAAAUGAUCGUUCAGCUUCCCCCGAAGCACGUCGACCUGGUCAAGCUCGAGUUCUCCCCGGACGAGCGAGCGUUCUACCAAGCUGUAUACGACAAGAGCAGGGCCGAGUUCAACGGCUUCGUGGCCAGCGGCUCAGCAAUGACAAGCUACGUCGCUAUCUUCGCACUGUUGCUCCGACUUCGUCAAGCUUGCGACCACCCUCUGCUCGCGCUCGGGAAAGACGUCGAGCAAGCGAUGCAGUCCGACGACAAGAGUACGAGCGCGACUACCACAGCCGCCUCGGCCAGGUCAGCGUUCCAGCCGCAGCACAACGAGAGCUCUGAGGCCUACUACCAGCAAAUCGCCGCGCAGCUCCAAAAGGACAUGAAGGCCAGCAACCGCACGCAGCUUCUGGAGAACGGGAGCGACGCCACGGACACAGAGAGCAGCAGCUCGGCUGGAGGCUUGACGGCGUCGUACAUCCAGAGCGUGAUAGCGCAGGUUGAAGAUGGCCUGGAGUCGCAGGAGUGCCCGAUUUGCUUGGACCCGCCGCAGAACGCCGUGCUGACUCCGUGCGCCCACGUGCUGUGCGACCAGUGCCUGCGCGACAGUCUAGCGAACGACCCGGAGAACGGCUGCCCCGUGUGUCGAACCGUGGUCGACAUGGCGAAGGUGUUCAAGCUGCCGCCUCCUGCGGCCUCCAAAGCUCAGGAGGGGGACGGCAAGACGACGGACAGCCCCACGGACUCAGCCAGCGUUCCAGGGGACAGGCGACCUGCUGCUGCUGCUGACGAUGACGGCACAGGCUUCGAGAGCGCCAAGCUGCAGCAGCUGCUGCGCGACCUGAAGGCCAUCAAGCUGGAGAACGAGCGCGCCGAGUCGCCCGAGCAGAGGCGCAAGGUGGUGGUCUUCUCGCAGUGGACGUCCAUGCUGGACAUGGUGUCGCGGCUGCUGCAGCGCCACGGCUUCUCGCACUGCACGUUCAACGGCGCGCUCAACCAGGGGCAGCGCGAGCGCGUGCUGACCAAGUUCGCCAAGGACCCGAGCGUCGAGGUGCUGGUCAUCAGCCUCAAGGCCGGCGGCGUGGGGCUCAACCUCACGUGCGCCUCCGUGGUGAUCCUGCUGGACCCGUGGUGGAACCCGGGCGUGGAGGACCAGGCCGUGGACCGCGUGCACCGCCUCGGCCAGACGCAGGACGUGAUCGUCAAGCGCUACGUGGUGAACGACACGGUGGAGGACAUGAUCCUGCAGCUGCAGCAGCGCAAGGAGAAGCUGGCCAAGCACGUGCUCGUGGUGGCCAAGGCGCACGACGAGCGGCGCAGCGAGCGCCUCAACCUCGACGACCUGCGCAGCUUCUUCCGGUAG